CCUCAGGAUCACCUUGAACAGUCAGGCAGCGCAAUGAAAAAUCAACUAAAGCCUGUAUCUGUUUGAUUCUUUGGGCCUUGCAGGUUAAAUCAAUGUUAUCCCAGGAAGUGUGAAAAAGAAAUGCUCAUCAAGUCCCCAGAAAAAAUGUCUUGUUUUGUCCAACCAACCAGUCGAAAACCAAAUAAACUUAAAAUGAAGAAAUGCAUUAAAUCCUCAAAUAAGCUGGAAGCACUUCAUAUUCUGCACGUUUAUUAAAAGGUAGCAGAAUGGCUCAACUGUUGAUGGACUGCUGAGAAAUUGUGCACGUACAUUCAUGACCCCCAAUGGACUUAUUGUCUUAGUGGGGGACAUGAAUGUUUAGUGAAAUCAUCAGAUUACGAUCAAAUCAAAAUCAGUUUGUCCAGUUCUUUGGAUUAUGCCAAAAUACCUGCAAGACACCCAUCCACCUCAGCUUUACUUCGUGGAUAGUUCUAAUUAGCAAAUGUUAGCAUACUAAUGACUAAACAAAUUGAUUAAUUCCCUUUCUUAUAGCAAUAAGAGUUAAUUUUCUCCAUUUUACCUUUAUUAUAUUGUAAAUGUUAGAGAGCUGAGAUUGGAUCGGGACGCCCCAGACCACUGCUUCUUAACCUUAUCUAUACCAUUGUCAGUGCUCUGUGUAUCUUUUUGUAAAGCUGUUCCCUCUAAACAAUGCUAGCAGCUCUGUGGAGUUUAAAUGCAUAGGUGCUUUUAAAUGCUGAUGUUGAUGUUUAGCAGGCAUAAUGUUGAUCAUGUUCACCAUCUUAUUUAGCUGUUAGCAUGCCAACAUUAACUAAUUAGCAGUAAACAUGGAGUCCAGCUGAGGCUGAUGGGACACUAGUUUUACAGGAUUAUUGAUCAUAAACCAAAGUAUUGGACUAAAAUUUAGACCAAAGUUAUUACAGUUCAAUGAGAAAGUAACAUGCUAGCAUGGCUAAAAACUGUAGUUACCUCACAGUGUUACAGGCAAUUAUAAGAGGAAAACACAAUAAAGGCAGAACUCUUGUAUCCAAAAGAAGAAGAAAUUCUCUAGUCACCUUUGUUGUUUGACUCAUUACAGGUUUUGAGUUUUAUGAAAUGGAUGACAUUUCAAAUGAGCAAAGCAAGACCAGAGGAGUGAACACUUGUCUUUUCUCUCAUUUCUCUCUGUAACAGUGGCUAUUGUGCCACUUUCUCUCUCUCUCAACAUUACCAGCCCACUACAUGCAUACCACAUCUAUCCCUCCUCUUCCUCUCUCCUUCUCACUCUCAUUUCCUGUCUCUCUGCUCCAUCAUGUGUAUUCGUUUCACUCUCUGUUUUCCUUCCUCCUCAUCUACAUCGUGCACAUGGGUCAGCUCAGGAUAAAGCAUUACAGAGUUACAGAGUGGAUAAAUCCCCUUGUGGAAAGGUGAUGAGUCAGGUAGAUCUGUAUGUGUGUCUGCAUGUGUGUUAGAGGAAGAGAAGGGACUUCGAGUGAUAGCCUCAUUGAGGGAAACACUGAGCUCUCCGUGGCUCUGUGCAGCGAGCAGAUGGUCAUAUGUAUGAUACACUCUGCCUCUGAAUCACUUGAGGAAGAAGAAAUCCAUAUCACAUCUCGGUCUUAUCUGGUUUUCAGGCAUUUCUCAUCUGCUUCUCUGCUACCUCCAUCUUCUGUUUGCAUGCGAUCUCCUCUUCUCUGCACUCAUUUCCAGUCGCCCACUUCCAUUUCUUCAUCCCUGUAACACCUUUUCUCUGUAGGUUUUGCUGCAGCUCUAACAUUUCUCCGUCCCUCCUCCUAACUCUUCCACUGUUUCACCAUGGAUAUUGGUGGCCUGACAACAGUGGUGGCCAAUUCCGCUUACAUCUCAGCCAGAGGGAGCGUUGAUGGCACUGCCAACCCAGCCUCCAAUCGGGACAAGAAGUACCACUCGCGCCUGAAGCUGCCUCACAUCACAGUGUGUGAGGGUCUGCGGGAGACUUUAGACCUGGGCUUCCAGACGGUUUGUGUGGAGCAGCCCAUCGGCAAACGUCUGUUCCAGGAGUUCCUAGACUCCAACAAAGAGUAUAAAGGUCCCUGCCGCCUGUGGAAGGACAUUGAGGAGUACAACAUGGCUGAGGAUGAGGAUCGUGUGAAGAAAGCAAGCAAGAUCUUGUCCCGGUACAUGGAACCUGACGCCAAGUAUUUCUGCCCCUUCCUGCCAGAAAACAGCAUCACAAACGUCAAAGAGAAACACCAAGAGGCCGGGGAUGAGCUCUUCAGUGAGAUCACGGACUGUGUGAUGGACUUUCUCAAGGAAGUGCCCUACACCUUCUUCCUGGAGAGUAUGUAUCUGAAAAGGUUUCUGCAGUGGAAGUGGCUGGAGAUGCAGCCCAUGGGAGAGGACUGGUUCUUGGAUUUUCGUGUGUUGGGGAAAGGGGGUUUUGGGGAAGUGUCUGCCUGUCAGAUGAAGGCCACGGGGAAACUGUACGCCUGCAAAAAGCUCAACAAGAAGAGGCUGAAGAAGAGAAAAGGUUAUGAGGGGGCGAUGGUGGAGAAGAGGAUCCUGGCUCGAGUUCACAGCAGGUUCAUUGUCUCUUUGGGGUACGCCUUCCAAUCGAAAACAGAAUUGUGUCUCGUCAUGACCAUCAUGAACGGGGGAGACCUGAGGUAUCACAUUUAUAACGUGGAUGAAAACAACCCUGGGUUUGAUGAGCCGCGUUCCUGUUACUAUGCUGCUCAGAUCAUAGAGGGCAUGGAGCACCUCCACCAGAAGAGGAUCAUCUACAGAGACCUAAAGCCAGAGAAUGUGCUGCUGGAUAAUCAAGGUAACGUCCGUAUCUCUGACCUUGGUCUGGCCGUGGAGCUCGCCGAAGAUCAGUUCAAAAUCAAGGGCUAUGCUGGGACUCCAGGUUUCAUGGCUCCAGAGCUGCUGAAAGGAGAGGAGUACGACUACUCUGUAGAUUAUUUCACUCUGGGGGUCACUCUGUAUGAGUUUCUGGCUGCCAAGGGACCUUUUAGGAGCCGAGGAGAGAAGGUGGAGAACAAGGUGGUGAAGAAGCGGAUUCUGAACGAAUCUGUAACUUACCCAGAGAAGUUCAGUGAGAACGCCCGGUCCAUCUGUGAAGGUCUGCUGUGCAAAGAGGUCGACAAGCGGCUCGGCUUCAAGAACGGGUCCUGUGAUGACCUCAGGGCACACCCCUUCUUCAGCGAGAUCAACUGGAGGAAACUGAACGCAGGGAUCCUUCCACCCCCUUUCGUGCCAGACUCUAAGACGGUGUAUGCCAAGGACAUUGGCGACGUCGGGGCCUUCUCCACAGUCAAAGGCGUGCAGCUGGAAGACAAGGACAAAGAUUUUUUUGAUGAGUUUGCCUCGGGGAACAUCUCCAUCCCCUGGCAGGAGGAGAUGAUCGAGAUGGGGAUCUACGGUGAGCUCACGGUCUGGGGCCAGGAAGGCGCUUUGCCUGACGACCUGCGACGUGAGUCCAUCCUGGAGCAGCCGCCCAAGUCCUCCACCUGCACCGUGUCGUAAGAGGCUGCGUGAACUGCAUGAACUGUUUUUAUUAAUCAAUGAAUCCAACUUUAUUUCUUCAGCACUUUUCUUACAAGAUUUCCAGUUAGUGGUGGAAAGGAAAUGAAAGGUAUUGAUGAACCAGCUCUAAUAGAUAAUAACGAUGCACUUUUUUUUUUCAAUGUUUUUUCCUGCAAUGCUAACCAAAGUUUUACAUUUAAUUCAUGCUUUAACAACUUUUUACUGUAAAAUGUUGAGUUCAUGUGGACUGAUACUGUGUUUUCUUUAGUGUGGCACACUUUUGUCUCGCAUUAUAUACUUAUCUGUUUCUCACAUUGUACUACUGUUGAUUUUUUAAGGAAUGAAUGAUCAGUUCUUCUGUGUGUGUCAGUGUGAAUAAAAUGUAAGUAAAAGGAGCAUUUUAAGCCCA